UACUAUUUCAACAAGCGUUCACGGCAAUGUAAAGGUUUCCAUUACACUGGAUGCGGUAAAAGUGGAAACAACUUCCUCUCCAAAGAAGAAUGUCAUGAAAAAUGCGAGAAACGGUACCCGCGCAGUGUCGCUAUACCUGCAACUCCUGUCGCACAACGAGGCAAAGGAAAAAAGAAGCCACCUCCAGCUGGUUAUUCUGGCAAGAAACCCGAGGAAAUGCCGUCGAUGCUGAGACACGUUGUGCUUGAUGGUGUCAACCAAACCUAUUACAAGAGUGAUCCUGAAUGGGCGAAUUAUGGACUCUGUCUCGGUUACAGGUACAAUAUCACCGGCCGGGACACCGUUUUGCAUGCACACUUCUGCGCAGAAAAUGCCAACUCCGACUGCAUCAGUGAGACCUACGAAAGCACAAACGGUGAGGAAUUUUGUAACGUUCAACGUCCAUUUCUACGUGGGACACACUUGUACUCUUGGUAUUUCCGUUUGGACACCAAGGACCCUCCCUACACACUGGAAGAUCCUCGGUCUGGACGUAUUCAACGCGCCGAUGAAACGAUCGCUGCCAUAUUACUACUCAAGUCAAAUCACUGCCAUGACAUAUGCUAA